UGGUAUUUCAUUAAAUUAUGUCAUGAGACAGAAAUUCAAUGAUCAAUAAUAACUAAUGCAUUCUGUUUUACAUGAUCAUUAUUCAUGACUCUCCAUCUUGGAUAAUGGAUGAUCAGUAUUGGACUCAGUACCACGGUAUUUACAACAUGAGACCCAGGAGGACAAGCUGAAGAGGGAGGCAUCAGCUGGUGAGCUUGAGUUGAAGAUGUCUGAAGAGAUGAUGAAACAACUAGAGGAGAAAGACACACAACUGGAUGAUAUGACCCAGGAAGUGAAAGAGAAAGACACACAACUGGAUGAUAUGACCCAGGAAGUGAGAGAGAAAGAGAGACUCCUGGAGGAGAAGAACCAGAUAAUAGAACAGAUGGAGAAACUAUUAGAAGAGAAAGAAAACCAACUGGAAGAGAAAGACAAGCAACUAAAGGAAAAAGACCUUCAACUAGAGGACAGAAACCACAGACUGGGAGAGAAGGACAGACUACUGGAAGAGAGAGACAAACAACUGGAAGAGAGAGACAGACGACUGGACGAGAGCGACAAACUACUGGAGGGAAAAGAAAAUGAACUGAAAGAGAGGAGACAGGAAGUAGAAGAGAGGAGACAGGAAGUAGAAGAGAAAGACAACCUACUAGAGGAGAGAGAGAACCAGUUAAAGGAGAGAGACAAACAGGUGGAGGAUGUCAACAAUGAAAAUGCUGAACUGGCUCAACAGAUAUGUGAUGUGAAGACUGAGGUAGAGAGACUGAGAAGAGAGAUCUCAGCCCAGAUGACUGAACAUGGAGAGAUGUCAGAUACAGGUUCCAUACUCCCAGUCAGGAGGAGAAACAGCCUGGACCUUCCUCCACUUAUGGGAGGAGAGUCCUCAGAUACAGACCCUACACUUCCACUGAGGAGGAGACACAGCAUGGAGUUAAAUAUCAAGAUUUUUUCCGGUUCCGGUUGGAGCGAGCGGCCGCAUCUACACUUCGGUCCGCAGUGGGAGGAGAGAGCAGCACUCCAGACUCCCCAGUGUCUCCCAAAUAACAGAACUGGAGGGACAGGUGAAAGAAGAGGAGUACUGGGGGAUGAAAUACAAACACCUUUGUCUGACAUACCAAAAUGUGGAGUGUUUUCCCAUUGAAAGAUGUCGCCCAGAUGUCCUUUGGGUGGUGGACCAUUCUUGAAACACACAGGAAUCCCAACAGCGUUGCAGUUCUUUACACAAGCCAGUGCUCCAUGCACCUGUUACCAGACCCCAUUCUAAGACAUUUAUAUACUGCAUCUUGCCCAUUCACCCUUUGAAUGGCACACAUCCACAAUCCAUGUCUCAACAUCCUUAUUUAACCUUCCUCCUCCCCUUCAUCUACACUGAUUGAAGUGGAUUUAACAAGUGACAUCAAUAAGGGGUCAUAGCUUUCACCUGGAUUCACCUGGUCAGUCUGUCAUGGAAAGAUCAAGUGUCCUUAAUGUUUUGUACACACAGUGUAUAACCUAAUACUACGUGGAGUGUGUUUCAAUCAUCAUCAGUGUAUGUCUACAGUGACUUGAUGAGUAAUACAUUCGAUUAUUGUUCUGCUGCUGUUGAGACAACUGGUUUGUGUUAGAGAGGAGACCAGAGAGAGAUACCUGGUUUGUGUUAGAGAGGAGACUAGUUAGAGAACUGAUUUGUGUAGGGGUUAGAGAGGAGACUAGUUAGAGAGACAACUGUUUUGUGUAGGGGUUAGAGAGGAGACUAGUUACAGAGACAACUGUUAUGUGUAGGGGUUAGAGAGGAGACUAGUUAGAGAGACAACUGUUUUGUGUAGGGGUUAGAGAGGAGACUAGUUACAGAGACAACUGUUUUGUGUAGGGGUUAGAGAGGAGACUAGUUAGAGAACUGUUUUGUGUAGGGGUUAGAGAGGAGACAAAAUAGAGACAACUGUUUUGUGUUAGAGAGGAGACUAGUUAGAGAGACAACUGUUUUGUGUAGGGGUUAGAGAGGAGACUAGUUAGAGAGACAACUGUUUUGUGUAGGGGUUAGAGAGGAGACUCGUUAGAGAGACAACUGUUUUGUGUAGGGGUUAGAGAGGAGACUCGUUAGAGAGACAACUGUUUUGUGUAGGGGUUAGAGAGGAGACUAGAUAGAGAGACAACUGUUUUGUGUAGGGGUUAGAGAGGAGACUAGUUACAGAGACAACUGUUAUGUGUAGGGGUUAGAGAGGAGACUAGUUAGAGAGACAACUGUUUUGUGUAGGGGUUAGAGAGGAGACUCGUUAGAGAGACAACUGUUUUGUGUAGGGGUUAGAGAGGAGACUAGAUAGAGAGACAACUGUUUUGUGUAGGGGUUAGAGAGGAGACUAGUUACAGAGACAACUGUUUUGUGUAGGGGUUAGAGAGGAGACUAGUUAGAGAACUGUUUUGUGUAGGGGUUAGAGAGGAGACAAAAUAGAGACAACUGUUUUGUGUUAGAGAGGAGACUAGUUAGAGAGACAACUGUUUUGUGUAGGGGUUAGAGAGGAGACUAGUUAGAAAGACAACUGUUUUGUGUUAGAGAGGAGACUAGUUAGAGAGACAACUGUUUUGUGUAGGGGUUAGAGAGGAGACUAGUUAGAGAGACAACUGUUUUGUGUAGGGGUUAGAGAGGAGACUCGUUAGAGAGACAACUGUUUUGUGUAGGGGUUAGAGAGGAGACUAGAUAGAGAGACAACUGUUUUGUGUAGGGGUUAGAGAGGAGACUAGUUACAGAGACAACUGUUAUGUGUAGGGGUUAGAGAGGAGACUAGUUAGAGAACUGUUUUGUGUAGGAGUUAGAGAGGAGACAAGAUAGAGACAACUGUUUUGUGUAGCGGUUAGAGAGGAGACUAGUUAGAGAACUGUUUUGUGUAGGGGUUAGAGAGGAGACUCGUUACAGAGACAACUGUUAUGUGUAGGGGUUAGAGAGGAGACAAGAUAGAGACAACUGUUUUGUGUAGCGGUUAGAGAGGAGACUAGUUAGAGAACUGUUUUGUGUAGGGGUUAGAGAGGAGACUCGUUACAGAGACAACUGUUAUGUGUAGGGGUUAGAGAGGAGACUAGUUACAGAGACAACUGUUAUGUGUAGGGGUUAGAGAGGAGACUAGUUAGAAAACUGUUUUGUGUAGGGGUUAGAGAGGAGACAAGAUAGAGACAACUGUUUUGUGUUAGAGAGGAGACUAAUUAGAGAGACAACUGUUUUGUGUAGGGGUUAGAGAGGAGACUAGUUAGAGAGACAACUGUUUUGUGUAGGGGUUAGAGAGGAGACUAGUUAGAGAGACAACUGUUUUGUGUAGGGGUUAGAGAGGAGACUAGAUAGAGACAACUGUUUUGUGUAGGGGUUAGAGAGGAGACUAGUUAGAGAGACAACUGUUAUGUGUAGGGGUUAGAGAGGAGACUAGUUAGAGAGACAACUGUUUUGUGUAGGGGUUAGAGAGGAGACGCGUUAGAGAGACAACUGUUUUGUGUAGGGGUUAGAGAGGAGACUAGAUAGAGACAACUGUUUUGUGUAGGGGUUAGAGAGGAGACUAGUUAGAGACAACUGUUUUGUGUAGGAGUUAGAGAGGAGACUAGUUAGAGAGACAACUGUUUUGUGUAGGGGUUAGAGAGGAGACUAGUUGGAGAGACACCUGUUUUGUGUAGGGGUUAGAGAGGAGACUAGAUAGAGACAACUGUUUUGUGUAGGGGUUAGAGAGGAGACUAGUUAGAGACAACUGUUUUGUGUAGGGGUUAGAGAGGAGACAAGAUAGAGACAACUGUUUUGUGUAGGGGUUAGAGAGGAGACUAGUUAGAGAGACAACUGUUUUGUGUAGGGGUUAGAGAGGAGACUAGAUAGAGACAACUGUUUUGUGUAGGGGUUAGAGAGGAGACUAGAUAGAGACAACUGUUUUGUGUAGGGGUUAGAGAGGAGACUAGUUAGAGAGACAACUGUUUUGUGUAGGAGUUAGAGAGGAGACUAGUUAGAGAGACAACUGUUAUGUGUAGGGGUUAGAGAGGAGACUAGUUAGAGAGACAACUGUUUUGUGUAGGGGUUAGAGAGGAGACUAGAUAGAGACAACUGUUUUGUGUAGGGGUUAGAGAGGAGACUAGUUAGAGACAACUGUUUUGUGUUAGAGAGGAGACUAGUUAGAGAGACACCUGUUUUGUGUAGGGGUUAGAGAGGAGACUCGUUAGAGACAACUGUUUUGUGUAGGGGUUAGAGAGGAGACUAGAUAGAGACAACUGUUUUGUGUAGGGGUUAGAGAGGAGACUCGUUAGAGACAACUGUUUUGUGUAGGGGUUAGAGAGGAGACUCGUUAGAGACAACUGUUUUGUGUAGGGGUUAGAGAGGAGACUAGUUAGAGAGACAACUGUUUUGUGUUGGGGUUAGAGAGGAGAAUAGAUAGACAGCUGUUAUGUGUAGGGGUUACUACUACUACUAUUACUACUACUACUACCAGUACUACUACUACUACUACCAGUACUACGACUACCAGUACUACUACUACUACUACUACUACCGGUACUACGACUACUACUACUACUACUACUACUACUACUACUACUACUACUACCAGUACUACGACUACCAGUACUACUACUACUACCAGUACUACUACGACUACUACUACUACUACCAGUACUACGACUACCAGUACUACUACUACUACUACCAGUACUACGACUACCAGUACUACUACUACUACUACCAGUACUACGACUACCAGUACUAUGACUACUACUACUACUACCAGUACUACUACUACUACUACUACUACUACUACCAGUACUACGACUACCAGUACUACUACUACUACCAGUACUACUACGACUACCAGUACUACGACUACCAGUACUACGACUACCAGUACUACUACUAGUACUACGACUACCAGUACUACUGCUACCAGUACUACGACUACCAGUACUAUGACUACUACUACUACUACUACUACUACCAGUACUACGACUACCAGUACUACUAAUACUGCUACUGCGAGCUAUGAACCGUAAUAGUGCUCUGGGAUGGAAUGUUUUGUGUUUUGGCUCUAUUUUUUAAAUAUUAAGUAACUGUUAUGUAUUCAGUGCAGUUAACAAUUAUGGGCCGAUAUGUUAGAGCCGAUGUGGACAUAUUUCUAUUAAAGACAGAACAUACAGAACUACAUGUACAUGUGUGUCAAUAUAUGAAAUAUGAAUGUAUAUGAUCAGGUACCUUCAUGAUUUAUAUUGACCUGAUUGAGAUAUAUUCCUUUGUUAUAAGUGUACCUUAGGUUUUAGCUCCUCCUCUUGACCAUUCAUUGUACUGUGGUCAGUGUGUUAGUGACAGGAUAAAGACAGGAAGUUGGGCCUUUGGGGGAGGGGGAGUCCAAGCUCGACACGGGAGUGGUAUAGUCUUUUAUUAACCAGACAACAAACAAAUAUUAUGUCUUUUUCACGUCAAGUAAUCUGUGCUUUAAGUUGAUCGGAGAAUGUGUUUUUUGUGAGAUAUAAGAAUAAACCCUUUUGUUGCACCAUA